AUGUCUUUCAAACUAAAUUCCAUCCUUUUUAUUACUCUUUCGACGAUAGCAAUUGCUUCCACCUUCUGUCUUGCAACAAAUGACGAUCAAAAGUUCCCUAAACAACAAGGUAUUUGGACGGACUUGGAUCCAAAUGAUCCUAAUGUCGUGGACGUUGCGAAAUUCGCGGUGAAGGAGGCAACUAAGAGAGCUAAAGGUGAAAGAGUAUUUACGUAUGUGAAUGUGAAUCAAGCAUCCGUUACUCAUUUUGAUGAAUUUGAUAACACUUAUGAUCUUCUUGUUGAGGCCACAGAAACAAAAUCUGGUGUCACUAAGGAAUAUAUGGCAUUUGCUGAAGAAAGUUUGGAUAAACAACAUAAAGUCCAUAAAAGAUAUCUAUUGAGCUUUAAUCCAACUUCUUAAAAUUAUCCUAAGUGUAUGGUUUAGAAAUCUAUAAUCUUCAAUAAACAUUUUAUAUUAUCUAUGUUAUGUAUGUGUGG